UGACCCGGAAAUAAACCUGAAACCACGUCCUGAAUGAACAUUACGCACAUGGUUAGGAGAAAAGUUCUUGUUUUGGAGCAGAAUAGAAUGCGGAUCAGAGUGCGCUGAAAUGGGAGACCAGGUGGAGCUUGUUGUUGGGAGUUAUGAGCAGGUUGUGUUAGGGUACAGAGUGUGUCCUGGAGCAGAGGAAUGGAGCUUAGAGCCGGUGUUCACGCACCACGCUCACACAGCAUGUCUGUCCGCCGUGGCAGCUAACGAGCAGUUCGUCGCUACAGGAAGCAAAGAUGAAACCAUACAACUCUACAACAUGAACACAAGGACGGAGCAUGGAGCGUUAUUACACCAUGAGGGUACCGUCUCAUGUCUGGAGUUUGGUUCUACAUCUCACUUGCUGAGCGGUGGAGAGGACGGUCUUCUGUGUGUGUGGAGCACGAAGACAUGGGAAUGUUUAAAAACCAUCAAAGCUCACAUGGGUCAUGUGACUUCGCUCUCAUUGCAUCCGUCUGGAAAACUGGCGCUCUCUGUCGGAACAGACAAGAAGCUACGAACAUGGAAUCUUAUCGAAGGAAGGCCGGCUUUCACCAAGAACAUUAGACAAACUGCACAGAUCGUGAAGUGGUCCCCGGCGGGAGACAAGUACAUCGUAGUUGUUAAUGAUAAGUUGGACGUCUACGACCUGGAGUCCGCCAGCGUCAUCGGCAGCUUCACCUACAGGAGGAGGAUUUCAUCUGUCAGGUUUCUAAAGAACACGCUGCUGGCCGUGGCAGGAGAUGAUGAACAUGUACAGGUGUAUGAUCUCACCUCUGAAAAGUGCAUCUCUGAGUUCAAGGCUCAUGAAAACAGAGUAAAAGCGCUGGACAGUUUUGACAUGAACAACAUGUGUGUGUUAGUCACUGCGUCUAAUGAUGGAUUCAUCAAACUGUGGGACUGCAGUCCGGAGAGGCAGGAAGCGGUGCGUCUGUUAGGAGAGGUGAACACCACUGCCCGACUCACCUGCCUGUCUGUGUGGCGAAACAGUGCUAAAGAAGAAAAGCAGGACGCUCAGCCUACGACGUCUCGAUCUGAUAAGGAAGUUUUGCUGGCACAAAAAAACAAGAGAGUGAGGAUCAAUACAGAGCAGGUGGUGGUGGAAGAAGACAAUUCGUCAAAAAAACAAGGCAAAAAGAAGAAAAAACAGAGAGUGCAAUGAGCUGCAACAUUAUUGUUCUGUUUGCUCAUUUCUGUGCAGUUUAUUAAACAGGAACUUCAUGUGUUUCCCCCUUUCAGUGUUGCAAUUGUUUACAACCUUGGGUUGAUUUAUUUCAUGUUAAAGAUUUCUCCUCCUUGUCUGUGAAAACGAAAAAAUAUAUAAUUUCAAUGUGAACUUUACUUUACAUGUCUGAUUCCAGCAAACCAGAUUGAGAUGCAUAACAUGAAAUAUAAUAUUUUAAACUGU